UGCUGGCUCCAACCCCACUUUGGCCGCCAUGGGCCAGGAGAGAAUUGAAGGGGAGGAGAAGAUUCCAAAAGAAUAUUGGGACCUGAGAGUAGUUUUUAGUGAAAAAUCUUCUGAUAAGCUUCCACCCCACAGGCCAACUGAUUGCACCAUCGAGAUUUUGCCUGGGAUAGCACUUCCAAAACCCCAAAUAUAUUCUAUGUCACCCAAGGAGAUGGAAAAGAUGAGGAAGUUUAUUGACAAGAACUUGCAGAGGGGUUUCAUUGAACCAGCCAGACUCAAGGUGGCUGCCCCUGUACUAUUCAGAGAAAAGAAAGGUGGCUCUCUUCGUCUCUGUGUUAAUUUUAAAAAUCUUAAUUCGAUCUCAUCCCAAAAUCUCUACCCCUUGCCUCUGAUGAAGGACAUGCUGGCCCAACUGGGGAAGGGCCGCAAUUUUACAAAACUGGACUUAAGGGAGGCAUACUAUAGGGUCCGAAUCAAGGAGGGGGACGAGUGGAAAACUGCUUUCAACUGCCCCCUGGGUUGUUUCCAGUUCCGUGUGAUGCCCUUUGGCCUGCAGGGGGUGCCUGCAGUUUUCAUGCAGUUAAUUAAUGAGGUUUUGCAUGACCACCUCUACAAGGGCGUUAUCGUAUAUUUGGAUGAUAUCCUUAUUUACACGCAAAACACAUGACGAACACGUCAAGUUGGUCCACACAGUACUAAAGAAACUCCGGGCCGCGGAGCUUUAUGCCAAGUUGUCCAAAUGUGAAUU